UAAAGUCACUGAAGAAUGAAUGAAUUUCACCCUCCCUGUCAGAAGAGUACACCAGGCUUCUUUAACAGAUCUUGGAGUGGAUGGCACCAUUACCAAGUGAUUGGUGCUGCAGAGACAAUCCUCCUUCCUUGUCUGAUUGGGAUUCUCUCUUUGACAGGCUUAGUUGGAAAUAGUCUCAUUGUGUUGAAAAUAAUAAGAACUCAGAAGAAAACUAUCCCAGAUAUAUAAAUCUGCAAUCUGGCUAUAGCAGAUUUGGUUCAUAUCAUUGGCAUGCCCUUUCUCAUUCACCAAUGGGCACGUGGAGGCGAGUGGGUUUUUGGCAGUCGUCUUUGCACCAUUACCUCCCUGGACACAUGCAACCAGUUUACAUGCAGUGCCAUUAUGACCACAAUGAGUUUGGACAGGUACCUUUCUUUUGUCCAGCCAUUUCGCCUAACAAGAACAAGAUCAAACACAAUUCGAGUCAAUUUAUGUUUAUGGGUGGCAUCACUUAUUCUGAUGCUCCCUGUGUGGGCCUACUCAGAAGUAAUAAAGUUCAAAGAUGGUUUGGAAAGUUGUGCUUUUGAUCUAACCUCACCUGAUGAUGUUCUCUGGUACACACUUUAUCUUACUAUAACAACUUUCUUUUUUCCUUUACCACUGAUAUUUAUUUGCUAUAUUUUAAUUUUAUGUUACACAUGGGAGAUGUAUUGGCAGAACAAGAAAGCAGGAAGUUAGACCACCAGUAUCCCCAGGCAAAGAGUCAUGAGGCUCUCUAAUAUGGUGCUUGCUCUGGUAGUGUUUGUGGUAAGCACUGCCCCAUUCCAAGGGAUCCAGCUCAUGAACCUUCAGGUUUCUCAGCCAACUCUGACCUUCUAUGUUAGCUACUACAUAUCCAUAUGCCUCAGCUAUGCCAGCAGCAGCAUUAAUCCAUUUCUCUACAUCCUACUUAGUGGGAACUUCCAGAAGCAUCUCCAGAGGUGCACAUAUGUGGCAGUCAAGAUGGCAGAACAGGAUGUCACCAUCAUUGAAAGCAUCCUCAAGUCAAGUUUUUGA